CAUUUCUCCGUCCGUCUACCUCUUCCAAAUCCCCACCCCGCCCCACUUUUCCGCACUCCACCCAGCGUCCGGAUCCCAUCUCACCUAGCGGCGCUCAUGUGACACUCCGGCUCGCGCUCUCGCUCACGCUCAGGCUGACGCUCUGCAACCCACCGUCCACGCGGCUGUUCCAACUGGAGCUUGGGCGUAUCUAAUUAAGCCACCGGGUUGGAAUCGGGGGCGAUGGGGCAGGAGGGGAUGGGCUACAGCAGCGGAAAGGCCGGCGGCGGUGGGGGAGGGGCCCUACCGAUGACGGCGGCGCGGGCGCGUGGGGCGUCGCCGCUCAGCACCCACCAUCGGUCGCGGAAGAUCAGCCGCACCUUCAACAACGUCAAGAUCACCGUGCUCUGCGGCCUCGUCACCAUCCUCGUCCUCCGGGGUACCAUUGGGCUCAACCUCUCCCUUCCGUCCCAACCCUCCGACGCCGAUGCCCUCGCAGGCGCCAAGGCCGUUGAGGACAUCGACCGCAUCCUCCGCGAGAUCCGCUCCGACUCCGACCCCUCCGACCCCACCGACAGCGACCUCGACUCCUCCAGCGUCCUUUCCAAUGCCACCGCACUCAACUCCUCGGAAGCCGCCGCCGCCUAUGCCGCCGCCGUGGGCAACCACGCGCUCGGUCCCAACGUCUCUGGCUGGGACGAGCAGCGCCGACGGUGGCUCGCGCAGAACAAGGGCUUCCCAGCCACUGUCCCCGGCGGCAAGCCCAGGAUCCUGCUUGUCACGGGGUCGCAACCAGGCCCCUGUGACAACCCGCUUGGCGACCACUACCUGCUCAAGAGCACCAAAAACAAGAUCGACUACUGCCGCUUCCACGACAUCGAGAUUGUUCACAACCUUGCGCACCUCGACAACGAGCUCGCUGGUUACUGGGCCAAGCUACCGCUGCUACGCCGACUUAUGCUCUCCCACCCGGAGGUCGAGUGGAUCUGGUGGAUGGACAGUGACGCCCUAUUCACCGACAUGGCCUUUGAGCUGCCCCUCUCGCGCUAUGACAACCAUAACCUCAUCAUUCACGGUUAUCAUGAUCUCCUCUUUGAGAAGCACUCUUGGAUCGCGCUCAACACCGGCAGCUUCCUCUUCCGGAACUGCCAGUGGUCACUCGAUCUUCUCGCUGCGUGGGCUCCUAUGGGGCCCAAGGGCUUCAUCCGCGAGGAAGCCGGGAAGAUACUCACCGCAUACCUGAAGGGCCGUCCAGCAUUCGAGGCUGACGACCAGUCUGCGUUGAUAUACCUCUUGCUCUCGCAGAAGGAGAAGUGGAUGGACAAGGUGUAUAUAGAGAAUUCAUACUACUUGCACGGUUUCUGGGCUGGGCUGGUGGACAAGUACGAGGAGAUGAUGGAGAACCACCAUCCAGGGCUUGGGGAUGAGCGGUGGCCAUUCGUGACACACUUUGUCGGGUGCAAGCCAUGCGGAAGCUAUGGUGAUUACCCAGUAGACCGGUGUCUCAAGAGUAUGGAGCGGGCAUUUAAUUUUGCCGAUAACCAGGUGCUGCGCCUGUAUGGUUUCGCACACAAGGGGCUGGAAAGCCCUAAGAUCAAAAGGAUCAGGAGUCAGACCACAAAGCCUAUUAACGACAAGGAGGACCUUGAUGUGAAGGCCAAGAUGUCGACCACUUCUUGAAGCUACUGAAGAUAAGGCAAUAGCAUAGGCUCUCUUCAAGCUUCAGAUAUUAUAUGAACAGAAGCAAUACUAUUCUGCAUAUAUGCAGACGCAACUUGUCCAUCAGAGAGCUGAUGCCGUUUUAAGAUCAAUGAGCAUUCCCCAAACACGUAUUCCUAUUCUUUCGAGUAUAACUUUGUACUUAUGCAACCGUCCAUGCUCUGUUUUUUUCCAUGGAUGCAAGAGAACAGUGUUAGAAAUUUAAGGUUUGUGGUCUAUUCUAUUCCUCUGCGUUUAUUGGUCCCGCUAACAUUCGCAAAUUCACAUGUACUAGUUGAUACCCCGCGCGUUGCUGCGGGACUUUGUGCUUUGAAUGAGCAGAUUCAAAGAUAUACUGUAGCUAUGUGAAUGAAUGGAAAAUACAGCUAGAAUGUUGAACACUGCAUUUA